GAAAAGUGAAAGCCGUGCCUCGGCUCCGCGGCGUGCGUCACACUUUGCAACCCCGAGCAGCAGCAGAGCAGUAGCAGCCGCCGCCGCGCGCGCCUGUAUGUGUGUGUGUGUGUGCGUGCGUGUUUCUGUGUACGCGUUUUCGCGGGGAUGCUAGUCUCUCUCUUUAUUUUCCUUCUCCUUUUUUUCCUCUCUUUCGCCUCUCCAGCUGGUUGGGUCCCCCCGUUCUCCUCCUCCUCCUCCUCCCCCGUUUUCCCGCAGGUCCCUCUCGCCCCUCACGGCUGCCUGGCGAAUCCUCAAACAACCGACGGCUGAACGGCUCGGAGCCUUUCAGCUCUCCUGCCCGACAGCGCGGGGAAAGGAAGAGGAGAGGAGAAGAGAAGGAGGAGGGCUGGCAACGGGGAGAACGAGAGCCAGGGAGGAGGGAUGAAAGGGAAGCCGUCUCGUCCGGGGUCUCCGCGCAGAUCUUCCUCAGCCCGGUAAAAAAAAACAACAACAACGCGGAGGUUCCCGCCUGUCCGUUCAUGAUUCGGGCUGCGCUUCUUCCUCUCGUCCUCCUCCUCCUCUUCCUCCUCCUUCCAACCGGCCGGAACCAGAACGGAUCCAAAGGAUGGGGCAAGCCGGCCGGCAACCCCUUGGAAGACCCUCGGCAGUUGUCCUGUGCCUUUUCUCCGCCCUGUUGCUGACCGAAGGGAGCAGACCGGGGAAGACCGCCUGCCCGGCUUCGUGCACUUGUACCAAAGAUAACGCGCUCUGUGAGAACGCCCGGGCGAUCCCGCGCACCGUGCCGCCUGACAUUACCUCCCUAUCCUUUGUGAGAUCUGCUUUCACGAAAAUCCCAGAACGGAGUUUCAUCUUCUCGUCCAAUCUGCAACUUCUAUUAUUUACUGCAAACACAUUUGAGACCAUUAGUAGCGAUGCUUUCAUGGGCCUUCCUCAUCUAGAAUAUUUGUUUAUAGAAAACAACAACAUCAAAUCACUUUCCAACACUUCUUUUCGCGGGCUGAAGUCCUUAAUUCACUUGAGUCUUGCAAACAAUAACCUCCAAACGCUCCCUAAAGACAUAUUCAAAGGAUUGGAUUCACUAACAAAUGUAGACCUGAGAGGAAAUGCUUUCAAAUGUGAUUGCAAAAUGAAAUGGUUAAUUGCAUGGAUAAGCAGAACAAAUGCAACAGUGGAAGACAUUUAUUGUGAAAAUCCACCAGAAUAUAAGAAACGCAAAAUCAACAGCCUCUCUCCUAGUGAAUUUGAUUGCAUCAUUACACAAUUUGUCGUAUUUCGAAAGCUGCCCUAUCAGUCCCUGUCAGUGGACACUUUCUCAUUCAUGAAUGAUGAAUAUGUGGUUAUCGCUCAGCCUUUUAUCGGAAAAUGUAUCUUUCUGCAGUGGGACCAUGUGGAAGGGACAUUCAGGAAUUUUGAUAACAUCACAGGGACUUCGGUGGUUGUCUGUAAGCCGAUUAUUGUUGAGACUCGCUUGUACAUCAUUGUUGCCCAGCUCUUUGGUGGCUCCCAUAUAUACAAAAGAGACAUUCACGCAAAUAAAUUUAUCAAAAUUCAGGACAUUGAGAUCCUUAAGAUCAGAAAGCCUAACGACAUCGAAACAUUCACCAUUGUUAAGGAUGCAUACUUUGCAAUAGCGGAUAGCUCAAAAGCUGGCAUCACCACUAUCUACAAAUGGAAUGGAAAUGGAUUUUAUUCCGACCAGUCUUUGCACGAAUGGUACAGAGACACUGAUGUGGAAUAUCUUGAAAUAGCCGCCAAGCCUCACCUGAUCAUCUCAAGCAGUUCUCAACACCCAAUCCUGUAUCAGUGGAACAGGGGCACAAACAAUUUUGCUGACCCUGUUGAUAUUCCAGAUAUGGAAGAUGUUUACGCUGUCAAACACUUCAAGGUGAAAGAAGAUACUUAUGUUUGCCUAACAAGAUUCAUUGGGGAUUCCAAAGUAAUGAAAUGGACAGGCUCCAAAUUUCUGGAUUUACAAAGAAUGCCAUCCAGGGGGUCCAUGGUAUUCCAGCCACUUCAGAUAAAGAAUUAUCAGUAUGCUAUUCUUGGAAGCGAUUAUUCUUUCACUCAAGUCUAUUUCUGGGAUGCAGGAAAAGCCAAGUUUGUUAAGUUUCAAGAAUUAAAUAUUCAAGCGCCAAGAUCCUUCACUCAUGUUUUUGUUGACAAACAAGAUUUUCUCUUUGCAUCAAGCUUUAAAGGAACUACAGUGAUCUAUAAGCACAUCAUAAUUGACUUAAGUGCAUGAUACAUAUUUACACACACACACACACACACACACACACACACACACAGUAUGGAAGUCUGUUGUGAGACUUCUUCCAUUAAUAACAACAGAGACCUAACGAACUAGAAUGCAUGACAAUGAUUCUCUUUACUUCCAGUCUGCAAAAUGCCUUUAACAGCUGAGAUUGUUAAAAUAAAGUGCUACAACUAAUAUCUUCAACCAUAAAUGUCAAGUCUAGUGCUGUUUGAAAUUGCAGUUUUAAAAGAAGAACAAAUUAAAGCAUUAACUAUUAUUUGCAACAAACGGUGUAAAUAGCUAGCAAAGCUCCAUCCCUCCUAAAUGAGUUGGAAAGCACCAAUCAACUGUAAUUUUCCAUUGUUCACUGAUCUGAAGAUUGCCAAAUAAAAUGUUUACGUUUUCUUUCCUAUU